UAUUAUAUUUAGAUCAAAAUGGAGUCACAAUUUUUAAAAUUCAAUACUAAAAUAUUCCUAUCAACCGUUACGUUUGUCGCAUUAGCGAUUUUUAUACAAAACUAUUUUAGUGACAAGGUUAAAGUUGUUAAACUAAAUAAGUCCCAAAAAAAUGUGUACGAUAGCUCAGAAUUAUUGAAUUACAACGGUAAAGAUUUAGAUCAAUUGUACUUAGCAGUCCUUGGCUCAAUAUUCGACGUGACUGCAGGAAAACGCCACUAUGGAGAAGGCGAAUCUUAUCAUUAUUUCGUAGGUAAAGAUGGGAGCAGAGCAUUGAUAACAGGCAACUUCAGAGACGAAAGUGCGGACAAAGAUCAUGUACUGGACCUCACUUGUGAUAAUAUACUGAACUUGUUAAAAUGGAGGCGUACUUUCAGAGAAAAGUAUAUUUAUAUGGGUGUAUUAAAUGGAAGAUAUUACAAUGAAAAUGGGGAGGAAACAAAGUACAUGGCAAUUUUAAAAGAGAGAAUAAGUGAAUGUAGGAAGGCAAAGGAGGAGGAAAAGAGACAGGAGAAGUUAUUCCCUCCCUGCAAUAUGGCCUGGAGCAAGGAUGAGGGCACCAGGGUGUGGUGUACUGGAUCCAGUGGUGGUGUAUUAAGGAAUUGGGAGGGAGUUCCUCGGCAACUUUACACCCCUGGAGAAGCUAAGCCGACCUGUGUUUGUGUUAGUGAAGACAAGUUGAACAAUAGUUUACUCAAAGAAUAUGAAAACUGUCCCGAGACAUCAAAACAAUGUAUUGUAAAAAGUUGAUGAGUUAUAUUGUUUUUUAUAUUGGUGCUGGAGUACUUAAAAUGAGGUAUUAUUCAUUUUAGAAAAUAUUUUUUCCAUUUUUUGUCAUAACUUAUUAUUGUGAGUUUG